AUGAUCAGAAACUGUCACACACGCCAGUCUGUUUCCAGAGCCAAGAAGAACAACAAAAUAAUUUGCAAGCGCAUUGAACUCACCAAAUCCAUUUGCAGAAAAAGCAACAGCGCAAGUCCUCAGAAACACAUGGAUAGCUGUAGUGGAAAAGAUUCCACGCACAAUGUUAUCAAAGAUAUUCAUGGAACCAAUUGCAUAACCAUCGAAAAUAACACCAGCAGCAACAACAAUGAUGUGGCAUACAUCAGCAACAGAACAUACACUGGUGGAGGCGGGCCCAAAGGCAGCAAGGCUCAGGAUGCAGAUCAGAAACCAGUGGAUCUGAAAGUGGAAAUCAAAACCAUUGGAGAAUCGGGGACUGACGGGACACUUGUGGCGAGCAAACCCUCUGGUAAAAGAGUUGAAGUUUGCCAAAGUGCUUUGGACAAAGCCAAGAAGCCUGGGAAUCACCAGAAACCCAUUAGUACUCCCCUUGUCACUACCACCCCUAGCACCAUUUCUCUCUCUUCCCCCUCACUUGACCAUGUUCCGGUAAUGUCAGGACUGAAGCACGUUACAGUUAGCUUGAUAAGAGUGUCUGUGCCGGGAAGUGUAGCAGAAGAAAGGGCCUGUCCAGGAUUGGAGGGAAAGGGCAAUGUGAGAAGAGAGAGCAGCAUACCAGUGCAAGCAGAACAGAUGGCUAGAUCAGCUACACAGGGAGGAGAGGCAGACACCAGAGUGUCCAGGUCCCAGCAGAAGUCCAUGGAGGAAGCAGGCAGGGAGUUGUCAGACGCUGAAGGUAAGAAAGGGGUGAGGGAAAUGUAUUUCAAGGCUAAGAUUAACAAAGUUGAUGUAGGAAGGGAACAGACUGCUGUGGUGAAGGUCAAUUUAUUACAUGGUGAGAAAGGGGCAGGUGAGAAGGUCAUUGAAAUAGAAGCUGCUGGUGGGGGGGGGGAGGUUAGUGUGGCUGGGAAGGGGCAUAGGGGGAGUGUAAAAGACAUUGAUAGAGGGGCAAAACUAAAUAGUAAAAGUGUACAAUCUCAAGUUGUUGGCUGUGAUAAGAGGGUGCUUAGAGGGCGAAAUGAUGCAGAAGAACAGAGUAAUGGAAAAGCAGGAGGACAAAAUAGCAAAGUUUGUGACAGCGUUAUCAGAAAGGAUGGAGGUAAGAAUGACAGGGUGUCUGAAAUGGGGAGUAGUAUAACUAUGGACAAGAAGGGUGUUGUCAUCAAACAGGUGAGGGUUCUGCUUUCUGAUAUUCUAAGAAAAGAGUGGGAUCAGAAGGCUGGGGGCUCAGGAAGUGGGAACACAGGAAAGAAAGAUCUAAUUUCCUCCAACCGUAAACAAAUGGAAGAUGGCAGAGAGGCAAAUAAUGAUGGAGGGAAAGAGGUUAGGGAACAAAUAUUUUCUGAUGCACAGACAAAUAGUUUGCCUCAUGCAACAACACAAAGUGGGAUAACUUCCAAACGGGGCAAAGGAAGGGCUAAUAAGAUGAAACUUGAGGGUCCAGGUCAAGACUUGCAUAUUCACUCGCCACAAAGUAAUGAUGAUUUAAUCCCAGCGAAAGAUAGGCUUUCCAAGUCUCCCCCUCCUUCUUCAGAAUAUAUUCAGACACACACCCAGGCCAACAUUCCUCUGAAGAAACGGAUGUUCCGUAAUUCGGUGGAGACUGACUCUGAGCAGAGCAUCAACUCUCCUGUGUCAGAGCCAUCCUCCAAGGACCUCAAACCCUCCACAGAGCUGAGGCAGAAUCUUACUCUGUGUUCAGGAAGAGAAACUAAAGCUAUCAAAGUGUUGGAGGACAGCGGUAGAGGUGGGUUGCGGUCUAAUAGGGACCCUAAGUCUACCGUUUCAGAGUUUGGGGUCCAAUCUCGGACACAGACCUUCAAGAGGACAGCAAAACAAAAUGCAACGCCCAGAAUGCUGCGUCCCAGAGUCAAUCAACUGGAACAAGACCGGCCACGGAGGAGUGCAGGAAAGUAUAAAAGAGGGACCCGAGACUCAGAGGUACUGGAGAAUGAAUCUGAUGAGGACAAACACAAAGCAGGACAUGGUGAAAUCUCACUGGAUUCUAAAAAAGAACAUGUAAAUGAAGGAGGGAAGAAGCCAGAAUCACAGUUACUGAAUUCACUCACCUCGCAAACAUGCAAGGAAGAGAACGGGAAAGGGCAGAGCCUCAACUUCAAAAUUCGUUUUAAGAGAAAGAGGGGCAAAGUGUGGGAGUUGGACAGACCUGCAGGAGGAGAGGAUUUGAUUAUUGAAGCAGAAAAGUCUAUUGAUUCACAACAAUUGGAGCCUUAUAGGGCCAUUUUAGAUUCUGUGUCAAUCUUAAACUUAGAAAUGGAGAAGGGUGCCCAGGCAGAUGGGAAGGAGACUCAUGAUGUACGAUUUUGGAAGAGACGUAAAGUUAGACGAGACAGAUUGGGGAGUUUGAAAGAUAAAGGUCCCAUUUUGAUGAACAGGCAGAGUGAGGUUGUAGCUGUAGACUCGAAAGAGAAAAAAAAGGAACAGGGGGAGAUCAGCGAGGUAGAGAUAAAUGAGGUGCUAGACGAGGUUAUUUAUGGAGUAAAGCAACUGCCAGGAGAAAAGGGCCAUACAAUUUCUAGUGAGGGUAUGUCUGUUGGAGUGGGGGGACUGCAAUGCGACUAUCAAGUCACACCAAGUCCUGUUAGAAUCUGUGAAAAAGAGAAAGAUAUUCCAUCCUUGGCUGAAGACAGAGAACAAGUGAAGGAUACUUGUAUUGGAGUAGAGAGUACUUUGGUUGACAGUGGGGCACUGCAUGAACACAAAGUAAAGGAUGAAGACCAACCCUUACCACGGAUCAAACUGCGGAGAAAAAUACAGGGUGUAUGGGAGGUGGACAGCCAGGUGUUGGAGCAGAUUGAAGCAGAGUCUGAAAAAGAGAAGAAGGAAAUGACAUGCGUUAAGCCAAAAGAAGAGUGUCCUUCUCAACCUCCCACCUGCCAGAAACUCAACAGUGCAAUCAAGUGCAACACUUUAAAAGAUUCCUCUGCUGUUCUUCUGAAAAAAGAACCUCCCCCCCUCACUUUAUCUCUCUCACCCUUGACCCUUAACUCACCCCAACCUUUGGGUUCUGAUGUGAUGGCCUAUGCUCCUGAAACAAUGAAUGAUAGGGCCAUGCCAAAAAUCACUAAUAGGGGAGGAAGGGGAAGGGGAAGGGGACGGAAAGAAAGGCAGAAAACUGAGACUGCUCGUAAGGUUGCAACUGGAGAGAUGGGAACUUCUUGUCUCAGUCAUAACCUGCUACAGAUAGACAACAGCCUUUCUAAACUCUCAGAAGGGUUAUGUCAGUCACAAUCCUUAGAAAAAAACAUACCUUCUGAUUACACUGCUUCCACCUCAAAGAUUCCAUCCCAGUCUCAGUCUCCACCGUUCAGUUUUCCAGAAAGGAUGCUUUCCACAGAAUCCAGCUUUGCUAAUUGCUGUGAAGAUCUCCUCGACUUUCAGUGUCUCAAUCUUGAAGGGUUCUAUCAUCCACAGAACAUCCUCCAAACCUCUCCAAUAGACCUCUGUCCAAUGGAUCCACCCAGCGGGCCCUUUAGUAGUCCCCUCUCUCAUAGCCCCUCGGAUGCUUGGAACCCAGAAACUCCAUACCUUGGCCCUCCAAGCCCAGGAAGUAUCUUCAAUGCAGAGGAUCAGCAAUUUCUUAAUGGUCUUGUGUGCUCCAAAAAUGAGUCUCUGGAUUGUGGAGUUAAGGAUACUUCCAAAGACAGAGGACAGCUCAAUGCAAAUUUUUGUUUUACACCCCUGAGCAGCGCUGAGGGGACUUUCAUGGAUCGUUUUUUGAUGAAAAAUCCUGGGAUGAAAUUGUCAAAAGAAGAUUCUAAGACACAGGCCUUAUCUUCAGCAGCCAAAACCCACUACUCUCAGAAAGAAUCAUUCAUGUUUAAUACAAAUACUCCAUCCAUCGGUUCCCAUUCCCACAAUACCCCAGUCAAUGUUCACCAUCAGAGCACCAAUGGUACUAAGGCUAGUUCUGCUCAUUCCAAUUUUUCUAAGGUCCAGCCUCAAGUCAAAAUUCCAGGUCCCUUCCACCUGAUGAGUUCUUCCAACAAAUCUCAAUCUUUUUCCACCUCUCAGCCAGUGCCAAGUUCCUUCAAAACUGGGCCCCAGAAUUACUCAGUCAAGUCUGUCCAUUCACCUCAAGUGGUUUCUAACAAGUUUGGCUCACAAUUAAAUCCUAAUGUAGGAGAUGCUUUUCGCAACACGUAUGACAAAAGCUCCAGUGUGAUCCAGAGUGUGCUUAAGUUUCAAGGAGGGAAACCAAGUCAGAAUUUGAAUAGUGCCCCUUCUAAAGUUAAUAUUGUCGCUGGCAACCCUAAAAUUGCGGCCAAACCUCAUAUUGCCAAAUCUAGGUACAGUGACAUUGACAAGGUCCACCAGAGUAACAAAUGUUCAGGUUUUAGCACUGGCGUCCAUAAAGGUAGCAUGCCCAGUUAUAGCAUCAUUUCAGGAAAAGAUCCAGUUCGUCUCAAUGCAUCAAACUACCCCAUCAAGUCAAAUCUUCCCAAUGACAAAGUCCAUCCAGAUUAUUUCCAGACAUCCAGUAAAAGUACAACGACAGCUUUGGAGAAGCCGCCCUCUGACAAACCUCAAUACACUGAAACCAGCUUUGGCAGCAAAAACUUCUCCACUCUCCCAAGGCCUUUCUUUUUCCCCAGCCAAGCACCUCAGAGUUAUGGGUCUCCUCAUGGCAAACGUUUGAAUCAGGACAAGUCCUGUGGUGCUGUGCACUCCCAGAACCCUCACUCUUCCUAUGCCACAUCGGCGUCACCUGACAAACUGUGUUACGAUUCCUCAGACUUGACCUUUUCCACCUCGCUCUCUCCCUCUAUGUCUCAGCACAAUAGCCCCCAAGUAGCACACAGCUCUCCCUCUGGAUCACAGACACCAGCAAACAAACAGCAGCCCCCCUCCUCCUCCUUCUCCUACUCUUAUGGUCACCAAGGCCCACCUUAUGUGGUCAACUUUACUGGUGACCACUCAGUCACCAUGGGCCUGGGAGAUUACCCAGGGUCACCGCCCACCAACUAUACGUACCGCUGCCUCAUGGAGCCUUCGGGCACCCAGGGGAGGCUGGUUCUGGAGCCAUGUGGACCCCAACUCUCACACUCACCAUCUUUCUCUGUGGGGGGCUUUUCAGGGCUUAAAGGCCAGGAUGACCACUGCAAGAGGGACACGCAACAGCAGUGCCAGCCCAUAGACCACCCACCAACAUCCCACCAUGCUCCCACAUCCUCCCACUCCUUGAGUACCCCGGUCUCAGACCGUAAGCCCAAAAGACUGAGGCUAGUGGUUACUGAUGGGCUAGUGGAUCUGGACCUCCAGUAUACAGACUGAUUUAUACCCGUUCUUCUCAUCUGACUUUGAUGCAGGUUAUAAUAUAUCAACAUUAUUGUACAGAAUUGUUCAUGAGGAGCAUAUCUCUGCCCUGAUGUUUUUUUAAACAGCAAUUUACACAGUCUACCUAUCAUUAUGUUUGUUUAAUGGUUACUGGUGUUUGUUCUAAUCCCUCUCUUGGAUACUGUUAUGAUAUGAAUGUCGCAGAGGUUUUAUUGACAUCUGUGUGGAUCGAGUAAUGCUUAUGCUUAACAGUUUUACUACUAUUUAUUUUGUGAAUGCAACCAUCUUAUGUGUCAGUUCAGUGAUUUGCAAGAGGAAAAUAUGUAGUGAAUAGAUCUCCACAAUGCUUUUCUGGCAUGAUGUCCUUUCAUAGUCUGUCAUAGCAGAGGUUAGCCUCAAGGUGGGCACAUUGAACCCUCUAGUUAGUAGUAUGUGGAGGCCUUCUUAUUGUACUGUAACAUAGUUGAAUGGGUUGUUCUCUGAAGUUGACAUGUCAGGAAGAUAGGCCUACACAAACCGUUUGCACAUUCUACAACAUGAUUACUUUGGCAUAAAAAUGUGUUUUUAAGUUUUAAAACAAGUGUGUGUCUAUCAUGUUUCUGUGAUUUUGGGCAGUAGGGCUUUGAUUCCAGUCGGUUUAAGUACUGUCUACGAGCUCUAAAAUGUACAGUUUUAUUGGAUCUGCUCUCUGUUUCUCUAAGUACAUAGACUUUCACGUGUGUGGGAGUGAGGAGGAAUUUUAGGUACCAUGCUUUUCUGUACAUGGUAUGUUUGUGCACUGCCUUGCCAAUUUGAGUGAAGAUUAGCAGUCGAUUGUGCAUUAAGAAAUGCACAGUGCAUCAACAGUGUGUGUACUGUAGAAUGACUUCCAGGCCUGUAAAUUCCAGGACAACUCCACUGAGGGGUGGCGUGCAUGAUAUGAACUGCAGCUCUGCAGCCGCUGUCCAGAGCACCCACAGUAUACGAGGGAGGGAGACCGGGUGGGUGGGAGACUGACUGCAAUGUUUUCUGCAGAAUGAGGUUUUUUCUUUGGUCUGGUGUAGGUCAAGGGGUAGAUGAUACUGUAUUAGUGGGGCAUCUUGGACUAAGUGGGUACAUUUUGUGUUCCCUCCCUUCUUUCCCCUCUGUAUCCACACUGAGAAUACUUGGUGCUUAUGGCAUUAUUUAUGAAGCAACUUCAAAGCAAUCUGUUGUGAAUUAGAACAAGGACAGUGACUUGUUACUUGAUAAACUUGCUUUGAGUCUUGUCUCGCUCAUUACCUAAUUGGAUCACACUGGUUAGGCUAGUUGUGUAGAUGGUGAUCGCAAUGAAAUGUUAUCCGAGAAAUGUGUAGUCAGCCACGUGGUUGCAUGUAUUAUUUUUCCAUCCAUGAAUGAGAUUCACAUUUUUGAAAUGGACGUUGCUCUUACACAUUUUUAAUGUCAUUUGAGCAUUCCACUUUCGUCAUCUAGACAUCGUUCCAGUAGCAAUCCAACAGAGGUACUACAUCAUCUUAUGUAAAACCAUGAAGCAGUCAUGUCUGUUAUUAUUAUUAUUAUUAUUAUUGAAAAUGGUGCUUUAUUGUAAUUUAAUAUUUUACAUAUAAUAUUGAUUGUUCCAGAUAUGAAAGGUUUGUUUAUAUUACAUGAUAGAACAUAUUGUUUAUUUACUUUAAAAAAAAUCUAACAUUUCAUUUAUGGUUCCCCAACGUUUCCCCUGGACCAAGAUUUAGAGUUGAUUCAGGUGGUGAUAUAUAAUCAGCCUUCUGAAGAGGUAAACAUUCUAAUGGUCUGCUGUAGAAUUGUAAAAUUUAAAUCAUUAAAGGAAAAAUGCAUUCUUUUUUUUGAAUUAA